UACAACCCCUGUAAUGGCGAUAAAGCUCGAGUUAUUCGCAAUUUUUAUGCUCUCUUUGUCAUUUUUCUCUUCCACCCUAUUGGCUUCUGACUCCGGCGACGUCAACUGGUGGUGCGACAAAACGCCAUAUCCGGCACCUUGCAAGUACUUCAUGAGCCAUGGUGGGCACAAGUACAAUGCGCCCAAGCAGAAGUCCGAGUUCCGAAAGAUGGCUAUGGAGGUGGCCAUGGAGCGAGCCCUCACCGCGCAGAGCCACAACAAGUGGCUGGGGUCCAAGUGCCGCAACGAGCGCGAGAAGGCUGCAUGGGCUGAUUGCUUGAAGCAGUAUCAAGACACCAUUCAACAACUCAACCAAACCCUGGACCCUGCAACCAAGUGCACAGACUUUGACCAGCAAACUUGGCUCAGCACAGCCUUGACAAACCUCGACACAUGUCGGGCAGGUUUCGUGGAGCUCGGCGUUUCAGACUUCGUGUUGCCUCUCAUGUCCAACAAUGUGUCAAAGCUGAUCAGCAACAGUUUAGCUAUGAAAAAUGAUAUUCCCGAGAAACAUACAUACAAAGAAGGGUUUCCCAGUUGGGUUAAAGCUGGGGAUAGGAGGCUUUUGCAGUCAACGUCGACGGCGGCAAAGGCAAACCUAGUGGUGGCCCCGGAUGGAUCAGGGAAUUAUAAGACCAUAAAGGCGGCGAUUGAAGCAGCAGCGAAGAGGAGUGGGAGUGGGAGGUAUGUGAUACAUGUGAAGAAAGGAGUGUACAAGGAGAAUAUAGAGAUUGGGAACAAAAUGAAGAAUAUAAUGCUGGUGGGUGAUGGGCUGAGGAACACCAUUAUUACUGGCAGCCGCAGCGUUGGAGGAGGCUUCACCACCUUCAACUCUGCCACAGUUGCUGUGACUGGUGAAGGUUUCAUAGCCCGUGGCAUCACAUUCCGCAACACGGCCGGUCCACAGAAUCACCAAGCAGUGGCGCUCCGGUCAGGCUCCGACCUCUCUGUCUUCUACCAAUGCUCCUUUGAAGGAUACCAAGACACCCUCUAUGUCCACUCGCAGCGACAAUUCUACAAAGAAUGCUACAUCUAUGGAACAGUAGAUUUCAUAUUUGGCAACGCAGCAGUGGUCCUCCAAAACUGCAUGAUCUAUGCCAGGAGGCCUAUGGAUAAACAAAAAAAUGUAGUCACAGCACAAGGCAGAUCUGAUCCAAACCAAAACACCGGGAUAUCCAUCCAUAACAGCCGUGUCAUGGCUGCAACCGACCUUAAACCGGUGCUGAGUUCCUUCAAGACCUUCUUGGGACGGCCAUGGAAGGAGUACUCACGGACUGUUUACCUUGGAACUUACCUUGAUACCUUGGUGGACUCUGCAGGCUGGUUGGAAUGGGAUGGAAACUUUGCCCUGAAUACUUUGUACUAUGGCGAGUAUAAGAAUUUCGGGCCUGGUUCAUCGACCAGUGGGAGGGUGAAGUGGCGAGGCUAUCGGGUUAUAACCAGUGCAACUGAAGCUUCCAAGUUCAGUGUCGCCAACUUUAUAGCUGGCCAGUCAUGGUUACCGGCCACUGGUGUCCCGUUCAGGUCUGGUCUAUGAUGAUGUCCAACACCGCAUGUAUGAAGACCUUCAUGGGAACUGGAAAUGGGAUUUUCACAAUCAUUAACUUGUAAUAAGAAUUAAUUAUAAUAAUUCCCAUGUUUCUGAGGGAACUGACCAUUACUAGAA